AUGUACAUUUUAAUAACACAAGAAAACGUUGAGCAUUUCAGCCCAUUAAAUCGAUACUUGACUACUGGAUCCCCUGAAACGGAAUGCUACCAUGUCAUAGGCCACGAGCAAUUGCAUUCUCUCUCCUUGGAGAGGCGACAGGCUGAAAAGGCUUACUUCGGCCAAAAGGUUGUUCAGGUCACUGGGUCAUGGCCACUUUUCCUUUGCCGGUUUGUUCUUGGUUCUUACAUAACAGUGGCAGCUAUUUUAAUACUGAGAGCCCACGUGAGAUCUCUCGGCAUUCCUUUCGAUUCAGGUACUUUGGUACAGCACGCAAUUGUUAUCAGGCGGUGA